AACAAAAGGUUGUGCACGCAAAAAUCCCGACGGGCGGCCCGAUGUGUACAUUUUCAUGUUAUGUCAACAUUUUUUACUUUUGAGACCUGAUUACUUUAGAUUUACCGAUGAUAGUGAAAGAAUGCAUUCUAUCAAUUUGAAAAAGUGGAUUUCUGACCAGUAAUGUCUAGUGCUGUCUGAGAGAGGUAUCAAGCUCUGGUAUAAUUAUGGAGAAAGACAUCACCAGUCAGCAAGAGUUGGAUGUGGAGGAUGCAAACAAUGGCAGCUCCGGUCUUGAUCAGAAAGAUGAAGGCAGUCUACCUCAGUCGUCAGAGGAUGCUGCACAUCCUCAAAAGCCACAUGAUGAUGAAUCAAAGCAAGAAGGUGAAGAGCAGACAGGUUCCAAGGACACGGCAAGUGAUGGUGUGAGCCAUGUGGAAGACACAGCCUCAAAGGAUGUAGGUGCCAUUAUCGAUACUGCUGAAUCAGGUUCUCCUGUAAAAGCAUCAGAGGACACCGAGUCAAAGUCAGAACUGAAGGCAGCGGAGCAUGAAGCUCUUUCAGAUUUGGAGGAUGAAGCAAAAGUUGAUUCUGAUCAAGCAUUAGACACAUUAGGAGAAGGUUCUCCUGUACCUGAUUCUCUCAACCAAAUGGAAAAGGAGGAGCCGCAUACCUCAGCUGAAACUCCUGAAGAGCCAGUCAAAGAUGUGAGAGAUGAUUUGCAGUUCAGUGCUGACAAGGAUGCUACUGAAAGAUGUUCCCCUCAGUCACCCUUGCCUGCUGUUGCAAUAGAUGAUGAAGCGCAGAUGAUGUCUGUGCAGGAAGAGACAGAAACUGAACAUGAGACAGAGAGAGGAGAUGAUGGUUGGUCAGAGGACAUUGGCCAAGAUGCGCCACCUGACCCUCAACAGCCUUGCAAAGACGAAGACUCUCUUCAGGAAGUUGAUAAAUCUUUAGAUAUAGAGAUAGACACAUCUGAAGCAAAAGAAAUCCAUUCUGAUGGGGACCAAACAGACAGAAACAAAGAAAUUGAGAAUGUUGAAGGAAAUGUAGAAACUCAAGAGGCAGGGGAUGAUGUGCCAAGGGUGGAAACUGUCACAGGAUCUCAGGAAGCAGAUGAUGGGGGUCAGUUACAGACUGAUUUGAGAAUGGAAGAUGACAGGAUCCUUGGUCAGCAUAUUACCGAUGAUAUUGAGGGUGGUUGCAAGGUAGAUGAGGAGGGCAUUGGUCAUAGUGAGAGACAAAUGACUACCGAAGAGGAGGAUCAACUCCUUUCAGAAGACACUCAAAACAACCCUCAUGAGUCCUCUGGCAACUCUGGAGAAACAACUGCAAAUCGAGAUGCAAAUUUAUCUCUGAAUGACAACUUGGAAAGUGUUAUGGAAACAGGCGAUCAGGAUAUCAGUGAAGAAGGAAGAAUUACUGAUCAGGAAAUGACUGGUGUUGCUGAGGGUGAAGUAAGGGAAGAUGAAAUUGAUCGUAGCGAGAGGCCACUGACUUCACAAGAAGAGGAUCAUCUCCUUUCAGAGGACUCACAAAGAGACGCUAAUCAGCCUCUUAAUCAGGUGGGACAAAGCCUUGCAAAUCAAGAUUCAAAUCUAUCUUAUGAUGAACCUAUGGACACAAGUGAAGGUGAAGUGGGAACAGGGUCAACUUGUAAAGGAUCAGAUAAUAGCGAGGGAGCAAGUGCUAUGGAAACGAGUGAUCAAAUUGUAAUCAGUAAUGUUCUUUCAGAAUCCGAGGGCAGUGGUCUGCCAGCACCUUCUAGUGAGGUUCCUGCCAACGCGGAAGACACCGUGUCUGGUGCAGAAGCCCUUGUUAGAGGCAGUGAGCCUAACAGUGAAUCCAGUGUGAAGAUUAAGAAGGAAAUCUUGACUGAAGUCAUGACUGAAACUCAUGCUACUCCUGAUGGAGGCAUAAGCCCCAGUUACCCUGUCCCAGAGAAAGACCAAGACAUGAAGCCUUCCAAAGCAGAACUUGACAAAAUUUUGAACCCGCCCUCAACCAACCAGACUUCUCUUGGGGAUGCAGAGAGCACUCCUGUUUCUCAGGCAAAGAAAGGCAAGGGCAGCAGUAUUACCAGCAUCGUUGGAAGGCUCUUUAAUAAGAAGGAAGAGGAGGCCAGGAAAAGAAAAGAGACCUCCCCAGAGGAACCUCCGGAUGAGAUAGCCAAUGUACCCUUCAAGAUCUCAGGUGUUAAGUCUCUUGCUGCUCCAGAACAGGCAGCCAAACACCAACAAAGACAGGAAAUGAGGCAGACUGCUGGCUCGCCUAUCAUCAUAGCAAGUGUCACCUCGUUGGCGAAAGAGGUCGAGAAGUGCAGCAAGUGUAGCAAGCAGAUCGAAUCCGAGAGCUCAGCCUUCAAAUGGCAGAAAGAACUCUUUUGCUCAUUCUCCUGUCUGGACACAACAAGGAUUACCUCAACAAAGACAGUGACCUGUGACUCCUGUACCGUCGUCCUGCACCCCAGGAUCAGGAAUGUCCACUUUGCCAAGGUCGGCAAGGAGAUGCGGGAGUUCUGUUCCACACGCUGUUCCAAGAACUCGGAGGAGUCACCAAAGCUUUGUCCUGGAUGCGGGAAGGAUGUUUCCACUUCAAGCAAUCCUAUACUUGCCCAGACUGGUUCCGAGGGCAUCUUCUUUGAGUUCUGUACCCAGAAUUGUGUCAACCAGUACGAGGAAAGGAUCUUGAAUGAUACCAACAAGGAAAAAGAAAUCGCUAUUUCUAGGCAAAUCAAAGCAGCGUGUACAGAAUGUGAAACCGUAACUGACAUUCGUUAUGAGUUUGUUUUCCAUCAAGUGAAGAAGCUCUUCUGCUCCGAGGCCUGCUUUGAUUCUUUCCGCAUGAAGUACAACGCCAAGAUAGAUCGAUGUUCUGGUUGCAAUUGCAUGUGUUAUAACGAUCCCAGCGCUGGCUUGAGUACAACACUGGAUGGAAAAAUGUACCAGUUUUGUAAUGAAAACUGUAAAAAUGCUUUCACCAAGAAAUGUACAUUCUGUUCCUUGGUUUGCAUCAAGAGAUCAAUGGUUGCCUAUGGAGAUGGUGAGGCCAAGAAGUUUUUCUGUGCUCCACCUUGUAGAGAUAGCUAUCAAAAGAAACAUGGCAGUCUACCUCCAUCAAGUAUCUACCAGUGUUUGACCGGCUCCAACAAUCCAGCCAUUCCUCAACGCGGUCCUCCUCCCUUGACACCACUGACCAACGUCCAUGUUCCCACAACCACCAGCGGGGUACCUCAGUCCAUCACCUCCAACCAGGCAUCCAACAGCGUUCCGCAGCAGGGUCAACAGCAUCCGCAACAGACAGGACCACAACCUACCAAGUGUGACCACUGCCAAAAGGUACAGCGCCCUCUUUAUCACCUGACCAUGAGCGAUCGCACCCUGAGGGACUUCUGCAGCUACAACUGCGUCAUCUCCUUUCAGUCCCAGUUCAACGUCCCGCCGGUCACCCUGCCGGAGGAAACCCUCCUCUUGAGGUGCCACAAGUGCCAGAGGGGGUUCAACACUCGCCCCUUUGUGCUGGAUUAUGAAGACAAGACUUCCCUCUUUUGCAGUGAGCACUGUCUAGAGGACUAUAAGAGGACUAACUGUGUGUUUGUGAGAUGCGAUCAGUGUCAUCAAGAGAAGAUUCUCUAUGAAAAGACACACUUCUCUGGUGAGCCAAGGACAUUCUGUAGCCAAGGUUGUAUGCUGUUGUUCAAACAAGAGAUCGUCCAAACCCUUGGGCUACAGUGCAUUGUUUGUGAUUACUGCGCUCAGAUGUGCAAACAGGAUGUAUCUCAGAUGAUGGGAGGGAUCAAGCGUCACUUCUGCCAGCCCGAGUGCAUGUCUAAAUACGAGCAAUGGUUCUAUAAAGUAGCCAGGUGUGAUGGAUGUAAGAGCACAGGUCGGGAACUGACAGAGAAGUUCACGUGGAGAGGGCAGAUGAAACAAGUUUGUAACCAACAAUGCCUCUUACUCUUCUACACCCAACAGAACAUUCCUAACGUCACUACUCAACUACCAGAACCUAUCCCUACAUCUACAGCGCAACAUGCAACUCCUACCAUAGCAAAGGUUAUGUCCCUGGCACCCAUGGAACGGCUCAGUGCACCACGAACCAUUGUGAAGGAGAACAAGAAAUCCUUUACAAACAAACAGACUCAGAUUACAACCAACACAGUCUACAUCAAGCCCCCUCCCCCACCCCCAUCGGGUCUACCCCCACCACCCAAGAUGGUCCGCAACAAGAUCACAUCUUGCCGCCCUAUUCAGAUCACCAAGGCAACCAUGUGUCGACCAAUCAUGAAGGACAUGUGCGUUGAAACAGACUUCCCAAGGGUACCUGCCUUGGUACCGAUACCCUUCCCCGUCUUCAUCCCGGUGCCUAUGCAGAUGUACACCAGCCAUAUCCCGCAUCCCAUCGCCAUUCCAAUCCCCGUCCCAACCCCCAUGUUCGUCCCCGUGGCGGCACGCGACUGCAACAAACUCCUCAAGACCAUGCAGGAGAUCAAAGACCGCGUACCUUCAGACCCCCUCGAGGCUGAACUCUUCAUGAUGGCAGCCGCGGUCGCCAGUGACGAGGACGAUGUGAGCGACCUUGGGUCGGAGCAGAUCGGGUCGAGGAAGAAGGAUAGUGCCAGUGAGAAGGAAGGGAGCAUUACCAGUAUUGGACAAAGGACCAGGGCAUCACUUGUUGACCAGGCCAUGGUGGAAUGUGGUAUAAUGGAUGAGCCUAUAGAUGAUAUGGGUGUUGAUGAGCUGCUUGCCAGUCUUUCCUCACCGGAUGUUUCUGAUGAUAUCCUCUUGAUGACCGCUGAUCUUGAAGAUGAUGAUGAAAGAGAAAAGAAGGAUCUUUUACUUGAGCUUUCUCAAGGGCUCGAUGCCCUAGGCCACAUCCCAGAGUCAGAAGCAGACCCUCCUCCUCCGCUGCCACUCACAAAGAAGGUCACAAGAAUCACCCUCAAGAAGAAACCAAAGAAACGGAAGAGGCGGGUGAGGCGUAAGCGUGCAUCCGCUCCUCCCGCUCCGUCCUCGGCCCCUGCUCCACCACAGGAGAAUGUAACUGGUCUGGGACUCCGACGCAGUAGCCGUGCCAAGCGCACAAAAGUCUAUGUGGAUGAAGACAGCCAAGAAGAUGUGGAUGAUGAUGAAGAGGAGUAUGAACCAUCGGUCUCAUCGUCAUCGGAAGAGGAGAUCGUUGAGACCGUUGAAGAGCCCAUUGACCCUCAACCGAUCGCUCGUGUGCCAACGUUACCCCCAACAGACAAUGCCUGGGUGACGGCGGGUCUUCUUGCAUAUAAGCUGUUUGUCAUGGGUCUUGAUGAAAGUCUCAAGCCUCUAUCACAGAGGAUCAAACCCAAUCUCCUGGAGUGUAGUCCUGAUAUCAUCCAUCGCGCUUUGAUCCAGUUUGUCCGCGACGCCCGGCGACCCGACGGCGAAUCGUAUUCUCCAGAAACCAUCCUCCUGAUGUGCCUUUCCAUCCAGAGACACCUCACCGACAACGGCCGCCUGGACAACUUCCUGGCCGGCCCCAGCUAUGAGCACUUCCGGAUUUGCCUCCACAAUGCGCUUAGCCCUUGGGUGCCCAACUUGCACCCCACCACCGGUCUGCUCCUCAACUCCCGCAUCAACGAGGAGAUGAUGUGGGCGUCCCAGCAGUUGGGGGCGCACUCACCCCACGUUCUGCUCAGCACCAUCUUUUUCUUCAACUGUCGGAACCUGAGGAUGAGGAACGUGGAGGAGCAUUCCAAGCUAGCUUUCUUUCGCAUGCAGAAGUUGGUGAAGAAGGCCAACACUCCCAGUGGGAAGGUCUCCCUUCUCCGCUACUUUCCUCCCAAGAAGAAGAACGAUGCUGCUGAAGCAGGAAAGACUGGGCUGCUGAACAUUGGAAGAGGGAAGAAACGAGAGUAUGAUCCAGAGACCCUCGAUCAGAGUGAAAACAUAGAGAACCAGCUGCGUUGCCCCGUCAAGCUCUAUGAAUUCUACCUCUCGAAAUGCCCUGAGAGCAUCAAGAUGCGGAAUGAGAUCUUCUACCUACUUCCGGAGCAUGCCUGCAUCCCAGACAGUCCCGUCUGGUACUCCGCCACCAAGCUCCCUGAUGAGCAGAUCGAGAAGAUGCUCCUUCGCUACGGCAUGAUCCAGGAGGUCCAGGCAGGCUGGCAGCAGAAGAUGAAGGAGGAAGAGGAGGAGGCAGAGCGGACUGCUGAGCUUGAACGACAGAAGGAGGUCGAUGGUGAAGGAGACGAAGCGGUCGAAGGACAGGGGUCGUCGAUGGAACAAGAAACGCAUUAACAGACCAAAUGAAUAUGAUAUAGCUCAGUUCAAACCAGCUCCUGACUCCCCCUGUACCUUCCUCAAUAUUGGUAACAAUUUUCCUUUUAACAUACCAAAUUGAUGUAAGAGGUUAUUUUUUAUCAUCUUAUUGCUCUACUGCACAGUCAUCUUACAUCAGACUUGUGGUGGAAUGCAAAAGUUAAGUUCUAUAAGGUCAUCAAUUUUAAUGUUCUGUCACUGGUGAAACCAGGAAUAAAUUGAUGGUCGAAUGAGUUGUCAGUAGCAUACCCAGGAGGGGGGAGGAUGAGGGCAUAUCUAAACCCCCCCCCCCCUCUUUAGAGCCAAUGAAAUAUUUGUAGCGGAAAAGCAUACACAAAGACUUUUUUUUGCUUAUCAAUAUGUUUUGUAACAUAAGAUAAGUCCCCUUUACCUUCAUUUGGGAGUGAGGGUCUCUUUUUUUUUACUAGUCAGAUUUUUUUAACACAAGUGCCCCCCCUCCCUUUCUUUGAUAACUGUUACAAGCUACUGAAAUCCUUGAAUAUGAUUGAUAAAUUGGUAUUUAUCAGCGAAAAAUGUGCCAAUAUCCAAUAUACUUUCAGUAGUACAUGGGAUUAAACAAACAACUUUGGCAUGCUGUGGCAGUAAUGAUUAAAAUUCAUUAUGAUUGAUAAUUUUUUCUUUUAUUUAUUUCCUGCAAAAUUCGAUAAAGAUAGUCCAAUGAAUAGGUUGAAAAAUUAAAAAUGAAGAAUAAAUCUUACUAGAAAUUAAUUUUGAUGUUGAAAAAUUUUCAAGCGAAUUCGAUGAGGAUACUGGAAUGAGUAUUAAGACCAAUAGCAAGCUCCGGGAAGCUGUAUUUACUAUUUAGUCAUCUAAAAAAAAAUUAUUCAUGCAUGUCUAAUUGCAGUAAUUGGCAGAAUGAAGGAAUGUUAAUGUAGAUGGACAAUUUGAUGAUACAUUGUUGGGGAUUACAUUACAGACAGUUGGUUCUGACCAUGCCUGGUGCUGAUAAAUCUUUGUAAUCAUGUAGUAGAUUUCUGAGAUUUUUUUUUUUUUUGGGGGGGAGGGGGUGGGGACUUACGGCAGUUUAAUGGUUUGUGUUUUGUUAUUUUUCAUCUCUUGUAGAAUUUUAGUAAUUGCUUCAAGGCCUAUUAUGUUGUACAUGUACAUGUUAUUAUGUUAUGUAUUCAUAGCGGCUUUGGAUGUCCGUGUAAAUAUUCUGUAAAGUUACUUGUGUCUUUUGUUAUUUUACUUAAUUUUGAUGAAAACUGAAGGACUUUUUAAGCCAUGUUCAGACGUGAAAUGAUUAAGGUUUGCAUUUAGACAUGGGAAGACACACAUCCCAUGCAGCGGUUUGUUGACAAGUGUCAUACGCUUCAAAUCCCAAAAGCUCAUAGGUGAAGUUACAUGGAUAAAUUAUUUUUCUGAAUUUGUCUAACCUGCCAAUUAGUUUUCUUAUUAUUUUGAAGAAAGGAAAAUUUCCAUUUUAACUCCUGUGUUUCUAUCUCUGAACAAAUUUAUGUAACCUUGAAUGGGAAGUUGAAGAUACCUCUUAUUUCUGGAAAUUAUUAGUAAUUUGUCCUAUUUCUUGGUUUCCUGGGUUGGCAGAUAUGAAAACCUAUUUUUACACCAACUAUUCAGAUGAUUUCAUAAUCAUAUGGCAAGAAGGUCAAAGUCUGUGAUAUUUUUAUUGCCUAGUAUACCAUUUCAUUUGUAAAAUAAUAUUUGUGAUCUUAAUCACUCCAUGCUUCAACAUAGAACCGUUUUAUAGUACCAUCCUUUACAAACCUGAAGUCCGUAGACAAAUGGAAAUUUAAAAUGUUCAAGUUGAAAAUUUAGAAAAUAAAUUGAGCUGCUUGUCCAUUUGAGGAUAUCAUGUACA